CUGGCAUCUGACUCCAGCUAGCACUCCCUAGCUUUAGGAACAUUAGCUUAAUGGCCGAUUUCCUCCUGCUCUCGGGCCAGUAGUCCUUUGAAGUCAUCGCGCCACACAGCCAGGACCGUUUUUUUAAAAUUUUUUUUAUUUCGCUCUCCUGGGGAGAAAGCAUGGGUGGGGAUAGAGGGUUGCAGGGAGGACCCGCAGAGGGGAAAAACGAGAGCGCCGGCUACACAACCUUCAGGCGGCCGCGACUUCCCUGGGGCCUAGGCUCGAGAGUGCGGGAGGGGCGCCCCCGCGCGCACUCCACGUGAGGCUAUUCUCUGCAAGGGCGGAGGAGGAACGGCCCCAAGCUCGAUCCCUGGCCCAGUCUGCCCACAGCGCCUCCUGCACGUUUCUAGCCGCCUUUUUUUUUUUUAAAUCUCGCUAUAAAAACGCAGUCAUCACGGGAAGCACGAGGGAGGGAGGAAACGAGCGGGAGAAGUUGGGGAGGGGGAGGGCCUCCUGUAGAGGGCGGGAAGGGAGGGCUUUGGCGGCAAUUACCUAACAAUACCCUAGGGUUCGGGGGAUCGAGGGCGGGGCCCGCGUUUUUAUGGCGGAGGGGGGCGCGCGGGGGUUUUAUGGAGGGAUCCUUUGGAUGUCCUUGUCUUUGACUUCCCCAUCCCCCUGUUCCCUCAUGGCGAGAGGAGCGAGCCUGCUGGAGGUGCAGGGGCUGCGGCAGCGCCAAGCCUGAUAUUCCUCUCCAUUCCCUUCCCUUCCCUCCCCUUCCCCUUCGGAUCCAGGCGGUUCUUCUUUCCCGCCGCCGCCCAGCGCCACCUGGCAUCUCCAGGGCGACCGGGCGGCAACAAGAUGGCGGACGAAAAAGACGGAGAAGCUGGAUUACUAGAACUUCAGAAAAAAAUCAAAGAAGCUUUUGAAGUGUUUGACCAUGAAGCCAAUGACACUGUGGAUGUUAGAGAAAUUGGUACAAUUAUCAGAUCAUUAGGCUGCUGUCCAAGUGAAGGAGAACUGCACGAUUUGAUAGCAGAGGUGGAAGAAGAAGAACCCACAGGAUACAUUCGCUUAGAAAAAUUUCUCCCAAUGAUGGUUAAAGUGCUCUCAGAAAGAAGAUACAGACCAAUUCCAGAAGAUCUUCUUCUUCAAGCAUUUGAGGUGUUAGACUCAGCUAAAGAGGGAUUUCUUACUAAAGAAGAGCUGGUUAAGUAUAUGACUGAAGAAGGUGAGCCUUUUACAGAGGAGGAAAUGGAAGAAAUGUUGUCUGCUGCACUUGAUCCAGAAACAAACACAAUUCAGUACAGAGACUAUUUAGCAAUGAUGGUGAUAGAUGAAAAUUAAAAGUUUUCAUACAUUUAAUUAUUUUCUGAUUUUUAAGUUCUAUUUCCUAAUUCUGAUUAAUGGAUAUUACUUUAGAAAAAAAUCUGGGAAAAUGUUAUAUUUGUAACUUAAAACUUUUCUAGAUAUAUGCAGUUCAAAGAAAAUUAAAAAAAACCUAAUAUACUAUGGACUUGUUAUAAAAUUUUAGAAUGUUACUUAAGAGAGAUUUGUUUCUUCUCUAUGAAAGUAUAGACCAUCAUUAAAAUAUCAUUGAAUUAAUUAUGCAAAGACAGUGGAGAAUAACUGACUCGGCACAAGUCAGGCUAUUCCACUAGUUCUGUGAGUGGCAGAGAAACCUAUGAUUUCAGAUCAAUUGUAUGGGAUGACAGUUCUCAAAGAGAUAAUGGUGAGUAGAGGAGUUGCAGCACUCCCAAUGAGUUAUAAACGCCAAAGAGAGCUUACUUAUCCUGUUUCCUUUUACAUAAAGAAAAAUUUCUAUCUUUGACACA